AUGGAGCCGCAAGCUGUUGCUGCAAAGCCAAUGUCAGGCGAAGAAAAGGGACAAGCAGUGGCUAAUGGGGUGUGCUGCAAGGUGACCGUGGCCGCCAUCCUUCUGAGUGUCGUCACGGCUGUAUCUGCUGGGAUCCUAAUGGCCUUCCAUUUGAAACAAGAGUUCCUCUUUGAGCAUCUGGUGGAGCUGCGAGGGAUCCAGUACGACAGCAGCCUGCAGUGUCAGAACUCGGACUAUCAUCGCACAUUGACCCCAGUCCUGGAGAGAUUGUUUAAGAGCAGCUUUCAGAACUCAGCCCUGGAAGGAAGCUAUUUGAAAUGCUCCAUCUUGCAGUACAGGAGAGGCAAUUCCAGUGUGAUCGUCCACUUUCGCCUCUGGUUCUCCAAGCAGCUGCUCAGCCCAGGCUUAGAAGAAGAGGUGCUCAGGCGGGGGCUGGCAGCCACCCUGGACAAGCAGGAGGUUCCACUGGCUGCCUACGGUACCAUUUCUUCAGCCAUCCUGACAGGGCCACGCACUCUCUCGCCUAUUGGGAUUGUCCUAAAAUCAGGCAGCUGUGUCGGGAACGCUUUUGCCUGCCACGAUGGCCAGUGCGUGGCUGUGGAAAACGCGGAAUGCAAUGACCGCAGGGACUGCCUGGAUGGCUCCGAUGAGGCUGAGUGUGCCUGUGGAAUCAGACCUGCCCUGCAGACGGCUAACCGGAUUGUUGGGGGCUCAGAGGCUUUGCGGGGGGAAUUCCCCUGGCAGGUCAGCCUGCGGGAGAACGGAGAACACUUCUGCGGAGCGGCCAUUCUGACGGAGAGGUGGCUGGUGUCUGCGGCUCACUGCUUUAACGAGCUUCAAGACCCCAGCGCCUGGAUGGCCUAUGUGGGCAGCAUCUGGCUGAGUAACACUGCCAGCAACUCUGUGAAGGCCAGAGUGGGCCACAUUAUCAAGCACCCAUUCUACAACACUGACACCGCCGACUAUGACGUGGCCUUGCUGCAGCUGGCUGAGCCGCUGGUCUUCACCAAAUACGUCCAGCCCGUGUGCCUGCCGGCCGCCAGCCACAUCUUCCCCCCUGGCAAAAAGUGCCUCAUCUCAGGGUGGGGUUACCUCAAGGAGGACUUUUUGGUGAAGCCCGAGCUCCUUCAGAAGGCGACAGUGGAACUUCUGGAUCAGACCCUCUGUGCCAGUUUGUACAGCAAUGCCCUCACUGACCGGAUGCUUUGUGCCGGCUACCUGGAGGGGAAAAUUGACUCCUGCCAGGGGGAUUCUGGAGGCCCGUUGGUCUGCAAAGAGCCCUCCGGACGCUUCUUCUUAGCUGGCAUCGUGAGCUGGGGGAUCGGCUGUGCGGAGGCCAAGCGCCCAGGGGUCUAUGCUCGAGUAACCAAGCUCCGGGACUGGAUCCUUCACACCAUCCUCACGUUCACUCCUCCGACUACUAUCCCAACUACGCUUUCCACGAUGCUCCAUGACACUGCCCUUUCUGAAAAGUCCAGCACCAUCAGCGAGCACAGCCCCAGCUCCAGCACUGCCCUGUUAUCCACUGCCACAAGCAGGCCCGUGACGGUGCCCCGACCCCAAGAGUGCGGCCGGAGACCUGCCUUCUCCAAGCCCAUCAAAAUUGUGGGCGGGCUGGAUGCAUCCCGAGGGGAAGUGCCUUGGCAGGUCAGCCUGAAGGAGGGGCUUCGACACUUCUGUGGGGCCACCAUCAUCGGGGACCGCUGGCUGCUCUCAGCUGCGCACUGCUUUAAUCACACCAGGCCAGAGUACAUCACAGCCUACGCAGGUGCCACGUUGUUGUCGGCAGUGGAGAGCAGCUCCGUGAAGGUCAGCGUCCAACGGGUGAUGCUGCAUCCGUCCUACAACCCUCUCCUGUUGGACUUCGACGUGGCUGUCCUAGAGCUGUCCAGGCCCCUCCUGUUCAGCAAAUACAUCCAGCCCAUCUGCCUCCCGCUCGCCAUCCAUAAAUUUCCUGUGGGCAAGAGGUGCUCCAUCUCCGGCUGGGGCAGUGUCCGAGAAGGCAACACCACCAAGCCAGAGAACCUGCAGAGAGCCUCCGUAAACAUCAUAGACCAGAAGACCUGCAAUGUCCUUUACAACUUCUCCCUUACAGAGCAGAUGAUUUGUGCUGGGUUCCUGGAGGGAAGGGUUGACUCCUGCCAGGGUGAUUCCGGGGGACCCUUGACAUGCGAGGAGACUCCUGGUGUGUUCUAUUUGGCAGGGCUAGUGAGCUGGGGGGCUGGCUGCGCACAGCCCAGGAAGCCGGGUGUGUACGCCCGGAUCACCAAGCUAAAAGGCUGGAUUCUGGACAUCAUCUUGCCCCAACCCAGCACCACUCUCAUGUCCACCACCAAGACCACAUCUGGCAUCACCUUCAGCCUGCCCGUCACGACCCAAAUGAGUAGCCAGACAAACACAGAUGCAAGCACCAGCGCAGGCACUGUAUCAACGUUAACCAGCACGCCAAAAAUGACCCAGUUCCCAGCUGUGCCAUGCACGCCGGCCACUUUCAAGUGCUCCAGCAAAGUCUGCAUUGGGAAAUCAAACCCCGAGUGUGAUGGCGUCGUGGACUGCAGCAAUGGCCGAGAUGAGUGGAACUGCACUUGCGGUUUGAUCCCCACGACGGUGUUCAGGAUAGUGGGGGGGAGCGGAGCAGCCCGUGGGGAAUGGCCAUGGCAGGUGAGCCUGUGGCUGCGGAGGAAGGAGCACAAGUGUGGAGCGGUUGUGAUCAGCGAGCGAUGGCUGCUUUCGGCUGCUCAUUGCUUCGACAUUUACAGUGACCCCAAGAUGUGGCUUGCCAUCCUGGGGACACCGUUCCUGAGCGGCCUUGACGGGAGAGUGGAGAAAAUCUUCCACAUCCACAGGCACCCCUUUUACAACGUCUACACGCUGGACUAUGACGUGGCCCUCCUGGAGCUGGCUUUCCCCCUGCGCUACACUAGCACCAUCAAGCCCAUCUGCGUCCCGGACAGCUCCCACGUCUUCAACGAAGGGGCUCAGUGCUACAUCACUGGCUGGGGCUCCACUAAGGAGGGGGGUCUGAUGUCCAAGCACUUGCAAAAGGCGGCCGUGAACCUGAUCGGAGAACAAGACUGCAAGAAGUUCUACCCCAUCCAGAUCAGCGGCAGGAUGGUGUGCGCCGGCUUCCUGCAGGGCACAGUCGACAGCUGUUCAGGUGACGCAGGAGGUCCCUUGGCCUGCAGAGAGCCUUCCGGGCGAUGGUUCGUGGCAGGCAUCACCAGCUGGGGCUAUGGCUGCGCGAGGCCUUUCUUCCCUGGCGUUUACACCAGAGUGACAGCAGUGCGGGGUUGGAUCGGGCAGAACGUCAAGGUGUGA